CUCCGAAGUGAGCGUCAGCUUCGUACGCAACGGUGUGCCCCAUGUGACGACGGCAGAGGACGCCGCACGCACUUUCCACAACACAGACAGCGCUCUGGAGCAUCGACACGGGCGUUAUGAUCACCAUCACAGUCAACGGAGAGACUCCACCCGAUGAGGCGCCGGCGGCAGUGGUGGAGCGGCAGGAAGAGGAGUCGGGUACCAGCGGCCGUGUGCUGGAGCUGCAGGUGGAGAUGCGGGCGGGGGGCGGCGGCGCGGCGGGCCUGCACGUGACGCGCACGCAGUGGGACGUCUUCCCCUGGGUGUCCGCCGUGGACGCGGGCUCCCCCGCCGAGGCGGCCGGCCUGCGCGCCGGGGACUGCCUGCUCGCCGCCGCCGGCCGCCACCUGCUGGGCGUGCGAGUCGCUGCCGUUGCAGACGCCGUGCGCCGGGCCGCCGCCACCGGCCGCGUGCCGCUCUCCGUCUGGAGGCCCGAUGCCAAGCACGCCGCCGGCUGCAGCGACGAGUCGGUGUGCUGCGGGCCGAUGCCGCUGACGCUGCAGCGGCUGAGCGGCGCGGUGUCGGGCAUCGUGGCGGGGCUGGAGUGCCCGGUGUGCCUGGAGACGGUGUCGCCGCCCGCGUCGCAGUGCGUGCACGGACACCUGCUGUGCCCGCGCUGCCGGCCCGCCGCCGCCGACCGCUGCCCCGUCUGCCGCGUGCACAUGGCGCGCGGCCGCAGCCUCUUCGCCGACCACGUCUUCCGCACGCUCGCAGACGCCUUCCAGGUGGGGCCCGACCCCGCGCCCGGCGCCCUCGCCGACACCAUAUUCGGCCGCAGCCGGGAGCCGCGGAAGAAGAAGAAGAAGCCGCAGAGGGAGCGGGAGGCGCCGCCCACGAACCGGCUGCUGGCGCGCCUGCUGGGCAAGUGGAGCUCUGUGGAGUGCCUGACGCCCUCGUCGUCGCCGUCGCCGGCGCAGCCCUGCCCGCUGUCGCACGCUGACCGCCUCAAGUCGCUGUCCAGCAGCGAGCUCCCCACCGCCCCGUCCUCGCUCACGCCGGCCACCUCACAGGAUUCUGUGGCGAGCGAGGAAGACGAGUCGCGGCGCCGACCGCCGCCGCCGCUGUUCCGGUGCCCGUGCGAGCGCAGCUGCCCCGCGCAGCUGGAGGCGGACGCCCUGGGCACACACGUGAGGCGCGACCACGGCCACGUGUUGGCCGCCAUGCCCGACGCUGCCGCCGCGGUGCGCCUGCCGCCCUGGCCCGACGAGAUCGCUACGCUCACGCACGCGGGGCACACUUUCUACCUCAAGGUGGAGGAGGCGGCGGACGCUCUGGAAGUGUGGCUGUGGGUGGCCGGCGGCGAGCCGGACUGCGCGCGCUACGAGGUGCGCGCUUCCCUGUCGUGCGGGCAGCGUCCGCGCGGCCGCAGGCUGUCGCGCACCGUCAGCGGCGCAGAGCUGACGGCGCCCGUCUUCACGGGCCGCGCGCUGCCGCUCGCCGUGGCCGCCGCGCAGGCCGACCCGCCCCCGCUGCGCCUGCCCCUGGCCGCCCCCGCAGCCGCCUCCUGCCUGCAGCUCGAGGUGCGCGACCUGCUGCACGAGCCGGAGGUGACAGCCACGUGA